AUGCCCUCCGAGAAGAGCAUCGCCACGGGACUGAAGCUCAUCGAGAGCGACAAGUCCAAGAUCCUGAACUUGAAAGUGGGUAGCCACGAAAAUGUUGAGCCUGGACAAUAUAUUCCUCGCGCAGAUGCUCAGCAGCCUCCCCAGAUCACCUACUCUGGAGCUUCACCCGAUAAGACCUACCUUAUCGUGACACUCGACAUCGAUGCGCCAUUUCCAUCUUUUGGUGUCCUUGGCCCUAUUCUUCACUGGAUUCAGCCGGACGUAAAGGCCUCUGAGCUUGUUUUGAAAACCGAUGCUCCUUUCAUUGCAAACUACAUUGGGCCUGCCCCUCCCCCUGGUAGUGGGCCUCACCGCUAUGUCUUCUUCUUGUUCGAGCAGCCAGCUGGGUUCGAUGCGAAGAAGUAUGCCCCAGCUAAUGGCAAAACCUUGAGCAACUGGCACCGCAUGCGGUAUAAUCUCGACGCCUGGUCUAAGGAGAUUGGUCUUGGGGACAUCCUGGCUCUAAACUAUUUCAAGAGUAACUAG